AUGGAUCUGUAUAAAUUCGGCUUCAUUAGCAACAAAGCUAAACGCCAAAAAACAGAAGACCAUGAUAGUAGCAAUUCAUCUAAUAAAGAGAAAAAACAAGAAUAUGAAAAAAACAGGAAACGCAAAUUCCAAGACUCUUGGAAAGAAGAGUUUAAAGGGUUAAAUCAUGAAGUGACUGUUGACGAAACUGAAAGCAAAGUUCUUGCGGCGAGCACCAGCGAAAGUGGAGAUACACCUAGUUCUAGUUCUACCGAUGGCAACCUGUCGGGUAUUAUGUACUGCGACAUAUGUAGAAAAAACAGAAAUUUAGCCGACCAGUCGAGCUCUAUGUUUAUUGGAACAUCAUCAUUCCGUAAAGACACUUUGGUGUCACACUGGAAAAGCAGUUCACACCAGAGAUGCGAGGAGCGGAAAAAACUGCAAGAAUCGUCUAGUUCUAGUUCAUUAGCAGCAUCAGGUCCAAUAGUAGACAUGGCAAGAAAAAUGGGUGAAGAUGUUGAAAAACAGAUUGAAAAGUUGAUUAAUACUGCAUAUUUUGUCUGUAAGGAAGAAAUGCCAUUUCAGAGCUAUCCAUCUCUUAUCAAUCUACAAUUGAAAAACAAGGCAGAUAUGGGCAAUUUCUAUCGCACUGAUAAUGCUUGUAGAAGAAGUCUGGGUGACAAUGGGACACCAGAAAAUCAUUAUCUGUCAAUGGAGGAUAUCCAACAUGCACAUGCUGAUGGGAUUGUUGAAUGCAUUGAGAAAGCUUUUAGUCGAUGUGGCAUGGAUGAUUGGAGGGACAAACUUAUUGGAUUUGGGUCAGACGGUGCAUCUGUCAACCUUGGUGGACGAGCAGGAGUAGCUGUCAAAUUGAAGCAAGAUGCAAAUCAUCUAAUCAUAACACACUGUGUGUCUCACAGACUUGAACUUGCAGCUACAAAUGCAAUCAAACAGCAUCGGCUGAUGCGUUACGUCCAAGAUCUUCUGACCAAUGUGUAUAAGCAGUACCACUAUUCCCCGAAGGCUUUACGAGAACUAAGACAGAUCGCAGAGACCCUUGAGGAAAAGGUUCUGAAGCCAGGUAAUCUCCAUGGCACUAGAUGGCUACCCCAUGUUCACGGAGCAUUGAAGAUUGUGGUAAGGGAUUAUAUGGUGAUUGUCGCUCAUUUCGAGCACAUUAUAACAACUCGCUCUGCCUCUGCUGAGGUACAAGGACGAGCCGCUAAUGUCUCAAAAAAACUGAAAGACUACUCUUUUCUGUAUAUGGUUUUCUUCAUGCUAGACGUUCUAUCUGUUCUGUCUGAACUGAGUCUUGCAUCUCAAAAAGACAGUGUGACUUUAGGUCAAAUGAUAGAUGCAGUCACAUCAACUCAUCUGUCUCUAGUGGAACUGAAAUCUGAAAAUGGAAACACACUUUCCAAUUUCCUGCAGGAUGUGACUGAUGAGAACUGCUUUAAAACCAUCCAGCUAACCAAUGUUAAGGACAAUGAUGAUUUUAAACCUCAGAAAGAAGAUAUCAUAGGGAAGGUAUCACAGGCUCUCGAACAAAGGUUCCGGUCAAUGGAGACUGAUCCUAUAUUGACCGCAGCUGCCACACUGAUGGGAUUACAGGAAUAUCCAAGGGACAGGGAUGAAAUGGCAACGUAUGCCACUGCUGAACUGAACUUGCUAGUGGAACACUUCACUAUUCCUCUUAGAGAAGCAGGCUGUACCAUAGCCAAUAUUGGAAAGGAGUUCAAGGAUUUGAAGGCAUAUCUGUUGAGAAACAAAAACGUUUCUUUACAAAAUAUUUUCCAACGAGAUGAUUUGUGCCACCGCUUACAUAACCUUCUCAUGUUGAUGGAAAUCCUUCUGGUGUUCCCCAUAUCAAGUGCCUGUUGUGAAAGAGGGUUUUCGGCCAUGAAGCGUGUCAAAUCAGACUGGAGGAGUAGACUCACCCCUGAAAUGCUGCAGAAACUAUUGUUUAUAGUGAUUGAAGGACCAUCAGUUGAUGAUUUUAACACUGCACGGGUUAUGGACAGAUGGUGGUCCUCGGAAAGGGCAAAGAAGCCAGGCUUUAACCCGAACGAUUUCAUGUAA